AAGGGGCCGAAAAAGUCAUUAGCACAAUAUAAUAUAAUAAUAAUCAAAAUCGAUUUUUUGAUUGUGUCUAAAGCAUCUAGCUGCAUAACCGAAAAUUUAAAGCAUUCAGCAUGCUCAGAAAUUGAUUAAAUCAUCACGAAUUCGAGAAGUACAGCACAUCAUGUUAGCGUGUAGUGAGUAACAUUGAUCGUGUGACAAUCCCAGUUUUCACAACAAACAAGGCAGUAACAAUGAGUAGACAGGCUUCCACUAACACAGCCAGACAGAGAAUCGACAGUUUCGUCACCGUGAACGAGAAACCGGUCGACGACAUAUCGUUGCAGUUUUUCUACAACCCCCACACGAUCACCCUGCUUGCCAUAUCCAUUGCUGUGGUCAUUUAUUUUGCUUUUGUUAGGGACACAAACAAUGUCGAGAACAACAUCUGGGCGGGAAUUGUGUGCUGCACGUUCUUCUUCCUCAUCAUCUCAGUACUGGCGUUCCCGAAUGGACCAUUCACACGUCCGCAUCCGGCUGUCUGGCGGAUCGUCUUCGGGAUGAGCGUGCUCUAUCUGCUCGGAUGUCUUUUCAUUCUGUUCCAGAACUACCAGACGGUCAAAGAGAUAUUGUAUUGGUUCGAUCCGCAGUUGAGGAACUUCCACAUCGAUAUGGACAAGGAGUACGGCGUCAACUGUUCGGAUAUAACGGUGGAACGCCUUUGGGCGCACGUAGACGUAUUCGCGCUCGGCCACUUCCUCGGCUGGCUCUUCAAGGCGAUACUGAUUAGGCACAUGGGUAUAUUGUGGGCGAUAAGCGUUAUGUGGGAGAUCACUGAAGUCUUCUUCGCCCAUCUGUUGCCGAACUUCAUCGAGUGUUGGUGGGACGCGCUCGUCUUGGACGUGCUGGUCUGUAACGGUCUGGGCAUUUGGUGUGGCCUGAAGAUCUGCCAGAUUCUGGAGAUGCGGGAAUACAAGUGGGUCAGCAUCAAAGACAUACACUCGACCUCGGGCAAGAUCAAAAGGGCGGUGCUUCAAUUUACGCCCGAAAGUUUCACGGCAGUACGCUGGCUCGAUCCGAAGUGCUCGUACAUGAGGAUCUUGGCUCUCUGUCAGUUGGUUUUCUUUUGGCAGACGUCCGAGUUGAAUACGUUUUUCCUCAAGCACGUGUUCGAGUUGCCCGCCUCUCACCCAUUGGUGUCCGUACGUUUGGGACUGAUAGGGAUAAUCGUGGCCCCGUCGGUGAGGCAGUACUUCGUAUUCGUUACGGACACGACGUGCAAAAGGGUCGGUACCCAGUGUUGGGUAUAUGUGUGCAUAAUGGUGGCAGAAGCCCUGAUUUGCAUCAAGCAUGGACGCGAACUGUUCGAGAGAACGCAGGCAAUAAAUAUAAUCUCGUGGUUGGUGAUCCAAUUCAUCAUCUCGUUGGGCUGCGUGAUUUGCUGCGUGCUGUGGAACAAGUACUUCAGCCCCGAAUACACGUCGAGGGAGAACAGUCCCGUCAAGGGAAGGGUGAGAAGUUACAGCGAGGAUUCGCACAGGAAAACAAAUUAGUGGUCGCGGUGUUGAUUUCAACGACAGGAAAAUCUCAGUUUUAGUUUUUAAGUUACGAUGCACCAUCACUUGAGACAAGUACGAUUUUUUCAAUGGGAAAUUUAUGAUUGAGAAAUUAUAAUUAUUAGAGACGGUCAUUUCAAAUGUUUCUAGUCAAUACGGCUAGUUAUAGUACAUUACUUUAAUGCCAUACCAGAUAUUUAUUACUUUCUGCACAUGGAUGCUUGUUCCUGUUUUUGUCCAUGUAAUAAAGUUUUUGUAUAUUACAAAACUAAAGUGAAAAGACAGUUAGGUUUAUAUUCAAGUCAAAUAUAUUGAUCAUAAUGUAUCCACCAAAGAUGUAAAGAUCAAGAUUAAACAUUUUUUCUUAA